AUGUCCGAGUACUCAGCUGUUAUGGAGGCCAAUUCAACAAUUCGCGAUUCUCUCCUUAGCACGAAGUUCACUCUUUUGAAUCCGUUACGUGUUCAAAAAUUGUUCAAUAACGUCAGUAAAGAGGAUAUUCCAAUUUUAAUGCUACGCUCAGGGGAGGCUAAGCACCCUAACGACUUACUUUUGACAAGGAUUCCUGUGCCACCGGCAUGUAUUCGACCAUCAGUACCGUCAGAAACGGGAAGUGGAUCAACCGAAGAUGAUUUGACAGUGAAACUUGCUGAAAUUAUUCUUAUCAAUAAUGUGCUGCAAAAGCACAAAGAAGGCGGUGCACCUAUGAAAACAGUUAUGGAAACAUGGGAUCACUUACAGAUACAAGUUGCACUAUACUUCAACGGAGAACUGCCUGCUUUGCCACCAGAACUGCGGCAAAAGAAGCCAUUCCGUGGUCUGUACCAACGUCUGAAGGGUAAGCAUGGUCGUUUCCGUGGGAAUUUAUCAGGAAAACGUGUGGACUACACCGCCAGGACGGUGAUAUCGCCAGAUCCGAAUUUGAGGAUCGAUGAGGUUGGUGUACCACUUGAGGUGGCGCUCACUCUGACAUAUCCAGAAAUCGUUAACGAAUAUAAUAUUACGCGCAUGAAGAAGCUCAUUAUUUCUGGACCGGAUACUCAUCCUGGUGCUAAUUACGUCGUCGACCACGUUUCUGGAGUAAGGCGAUUACUCAAAUACAGCAACCGUGAAAUGUGUGCCAAAAACCUGAAGGUUGGUGAUAUUGUGGAACGCCAUGUUGAUAACAAUGAUAUCGUAUUGUUCAAUCGACAACCAUCUCUUCAUAAGGUGUCAAUAAUGUGUCACCGUGUAAGGGUCAUGCAAGGAAAGACGUUUAGAUUAAAUGAAUGUGUCUGCGCUCCCUACAAUGCUGAUUUUGACGGUGACGAGAUGAAUUUGCAUGUACCACAGACACAAGAGGCGAGAGCCGAGGCCAGUCUACUAAUGGGUGUGAAAAGUAAUCUUGUUACCCCGAGAUCCGGCGAGCCGUUGGUGGCUGCCAUUCAGGAUUUCAUCACGGGUGCUUACCUAAUGACACACAAGGACACCUUUUUUGAUCAAAGU